CACACAGACACACACCGUUGACAGCUCGAGCGGUGAGCAGCAUCCUACUCGUUCUCUCAUUGCCAUAACAACCAAUGGCACAGUCAGCGUGGUUCAAUAACAUAUCCGUCUCCGUAAUAACCAUUUUGAUUGAACAUAUCUACAAAGAAUUUCGCUUCUUUAAGGGGUGAAAAGUCUUCGCAGAGGACAGUGCCAAACGAAGGUAACAUAUACCCCCAACAAUUUAGCUAGGCUACGCAAAACAGAUUAGCUCAGUAACCUGCAGGUGCAUCCGCCAGGAGAAAACCAGCCUUCUUCAGCGGCGUGUGCCGAUGCGGAACACUUCAGUUUGACAAAGAAAGAAAAGAGAAAUCGAGGGCGGCGGUGACAAAUCGAAAAGGAAAACAAUAAGGAGAAAACUGUCCGACCUCGCUUACUGCGCGUGGCUGUCUGUGUGAGCAGGAAGUGCAACUCGAAGCGUGGGAAAGCGUUAUUUACUCUGGGGGUUUUGUAAUUCAGCUUUUGCGUUUUCCCCGGUUCCAUCAUGGCAAGGGAGAAUGGCGAGUCUGGGACGGGAUCGUGGAAAAAGCAAGUAGACGACAUCAAGAAAAUAUUCGAAUUCAAGGAGAUCCUUGGAACCGGGGCGUUCUCCGAAGUGGUGCUGGCGCAGGAGAAGGCCACGGGGAAGAUGUUCGCCGUAAAGUGCAUCCCCAAGAAGGCCCUGAAGGGCAAGGAGAGCAGCAUAGAGAACGAGAUCGCCGUGCUCCGGAAAAUUAAGCAUGAAAACAUCGUUGCACUGGAGGACAUCUACGAAAGCUCCAAUCAUCUAUACCUGAUUAUGCAACUGGUGUCAGGGGGCGAGCUGUUUGACCGAAUCGUUGAGAAGGGCUUCUACACGGAGAAGGACGCCAGCACGCUGAUCAGACAGGUGCUGGACGCAGUCAACUACCUCCACAAGAUGGGCAUCGUCCACAGAGACCUCAAGCCAGAGAACUUGCUGUACUUCAACCCCCAGGACGAGUCGAAGAUCAUGAUCAGUGAUUUUGGCCUGUCCAAAAUGGAGGGCACUGGUGACGUCAUGUCCACGGCGUGUGGGACGCCGGGAUACGUGGCUCCGGAGGUGCUGGCACAGAAGCCCUACAGCAAGGCCGUGGACUGCUGGUCCAUCGGCGUCAUUGCCUACAUCCUCUUGUGUGGCUACCCGCCCUUCUACGAUGAGAAUGACUCCAAGCUGUUUGAGCAGAUCCUGAAGGCAGACUAUGAGUUUGAUGCACCUUACUGGGAUGACAUAUCUGAUUCAGCAAAGGACUUCAUCAGCAGUCUAAUGGAGAAGGACCCGGCCAAGAGGUACACCUGUGACCAGGCUCUCCGACACCCCUGGAUCGCUGGGGACACUGCUCUUUGCAAGAACAUCCAUGAGUCCGUCAGUCGACAGAUCAGGAAGAACUUCGCCAAAAGCAAGUGGAGGCAAGCCUUCAACGCCACGGCGGUGGUGCGUCACAUGAGGAGACUGCAGCUGAGCAGCAGCAUAGACAGCGCUAACCACCCGAGCCACAACCGCAACCAGAACCAGAACCAGAAUCAGAACCAGAACCAGAACCAGAAUGCGGCGCACAUCAAGAGCUCCUCCAUAGACUCCACCACCGGCCCCACCACCACCGCCGCCGUCGCCAACCCUGCCACCACCACACCCCGCAAGGACUGUACACCGACGCCCCCCACGCCCUGCAGCCUGGCGUCGGCGGCCUCCUCUCCCGGGGGCGCCCUGUCGUCCGUGGGGGCGGUCCUGCCCCCCGUGGGGGCGGAGCAGCACCGGCCACGCCCCUCCACCAUCACCACGGUGCACACGGGGACCAAGUGACGCCAGGUUCCGCGGGGAGCGAGCUGGGAGGCCACGGCACUGUGAGGGGGGGGGAGACCACACCCCGGUCCCACCCCCCCCCCCCCCCCUUACAGUGACCACACACCCCCAAGAAAAAACAACCCCCCCAGCCCGCCCCUCGCCCUGCCCCUCCGACGCAUCUGGGAGGACUGGAUGAGCAGAGGACUUUGAAACCGCCAUAUUUUCUACCGUCUCCUUCUGACACGAAGACCCCCCCCACCCCAAACACCCCCCACCCCACCCCCGCAUGGCGUUCCCGGCACAUCGCAUCUGCAUGGAUCCCGCCUCGGAUCUCCUCCGCACCUUCCGGCUCCAAGCCCCGCCUCUGGGGAGGACUCCCCACCAUAGAGUCCGUGUGUCCAGAGCGGGGAGGACUCCCCACCAUAGAGUCCGUGUGUCCAGAGUGGAUCUUCGCAUUAAAAAGGCUGUGGCUCGGUGUGCAUAGUCCGGAGGCGAAGGACGACUCACGGGAAAGGAUCAUUUUUACACAAUUCAAACACCCAACUUUUUAACGACCUAGUGGUUCUUAUCUGUAAUUCAGUCGAGUAACUCUAGUAGCUGUGGCUCAUCCUUUUUUCGGUUUCUGCUGUCGUCUCUCUUUAUGUUGUUUUUUUUUUUGCGGGUUGUGCUGCUUGCUUUUUUCGGUCGAAAAAGGUGUAUCUGAUUAAUCAAGUGUUUCGUUUCCUCUCGUCGUGAUUUCCGGGGACCUCGGUGUCUCCGCGGUUUAACCCGUUCGCGCAGUACUGAAGUGCUUAAAAGCGUACCAAAUGACUGUUGAAGGAUGUUUUUUUUUUUGAAAAAGCAUUGCUUGAUGUCCUGUACAGUAGCUUUUAGUUGAAUUCUCAGACAUGACAAGCUAAACUGAUUAUUAAGUUCUAUUUAUCUGACAGACGGUAUAGAUUGUAAACUGUUUUAAAAUCCCACAAUGGGGUCAUAACAUUGUACAAUUUAUUUGUCAAUGGAAACAUUUAAUAUGUUUCAUUAUUUUCUUACUUUAUAAGACUUUUGUAAAAAUCAUUCUAUAUGCUACACAUUUACAGUAUAUGAAAAAAAAAAACUUUACCAUGAUGUUUGUUUUGAACAGAAUGAUACAUUGAAACAAACUGUUAAAAGUCAGUGGAUCCAUCGCCCCAGUGACAGUGUAAUUAUUACCUUGAAUAUUAUUACAUGUUAAUGGAAUUUAAGAUGGUAGAGCUUUCAGCUUCAUCGGAAAUGCCAUGACUUCAGUGUGUAUAGUAUCAUUGAUCUGUUUCCAGUUUAUGAGUUCUCAGGGAAUUCCAUAACUGCAUUUGGACGUAAUGCUCAAUCCAACCUGCACAGAUCUGGUUCCCCUGAUCUGGUGUGUUUGAUGUCUGAGGUGAUGUCAUCGGGGUGUGGUGAGAUUCGUACACCUGAGAGAUUUUUAGACGUUUUGCCCACUCUAAAAUUGAGUUUUGCUGUUAUCAUCGCUUAAGGUUCAGAGUCCCCCCCCCUUGUUUGCUGGUGAUACGGCAGAGAACACGUACAAUCCAAAAAGAGGUGACAUUUAUUCAGAAGGUGUCAUCAGAGCCGUUUGUUUUCAGUUGUCCUGCCCUAUCAUUAUUUUCCAAACGUUGUCCUUUGAAUCAUGAGUUGAGUGUGUUGCAGACGGUCAUGGGUUCUCAGUUUGACGUUCUUUUAUUCAGCACGCCACCAGUCUUCAUGCUCCUCCUUCCCGACACUGCAAGCCGUCAAUCACGUUGUUUGCAGUGGAGCCUUGUCGCUAUGGCAACAGAAGUGAUGCUAGUAGCUGAGCCUCAAAGAUUAUCGCCGUCUGGUCUCUCGCUGCCCGCUUCCUUUCGAACCCUCGCCCCUAACGUUCCCCGUCCGACACGGGACGAGUGUUUUUACUCUUUACGUUGGCUGUCAUAUUGACACCGAAAAUCAGCGGUUUAUUUUGAACUAAAUUAUUUAUUUGUGGAAACGGGCUGAUGCUAAGAGAGAAAACGUUAUGACUUAUGGAACUGGUAGAUAUGAUUACUGAACUGGUAGGUAUGAUUUUCUUUUUUUUUGUUCUUGAAUCUCAGUGGAUCUCUCCCUGUGUACAUAUAAAAGGAAGGGGGGGACUGGUUUAAAUGAAAGCAGUAAUGACUGCCUCCCAGGGUCUUCUGGGAAUGGCUUCGCUUCUCGAUAGUGCUGCUCCGUUCAGCGAGGAUGUUUACUUAUUACUCAGUCAAAAAGCAACAGCCGGAAGACCGGAAGCUUCCGCUUAUCUCAUUACGUCCCCGACAUCGAACCGGUUUUCCGCCUCAAGGCCCUCCUCAAAACCUCUGCUGUGUUUUUCCCUUUUUUAUUUUAAUACCCCCCCCCCCCCCCCCCCCCCCCAAAAUCCAGUCAUCGUAUGUUCAGGUCGUUCUGGAGGGAUGAGUCAAACGCUCCUGCCGUGAAAUCGGGGACCAACGGGUCUGACCGUGGCUGGCUGAGUAAUUGGCCCAUUAUGUGAAAACGACCCAAUUAAGAUUUAAGCCCCAAAAGCGUUUGGACGUCCGUGCUUUAAACGCUCCUUUUAGGAUGGAAGUGCGCUCUUCUCAGAUUGAAGUAUGCAAAUCGUGGGUUAAGGAGCGUAAAAUAGGAAAAUAACCGGAUUAUAAACAUUUUUGUUGCAUUCGUGCAAAGGGAAUGAUCAGACAUCAAUAGUAUGUAAAUUGGCUAAAAUGUGUUAGUACUAUAAAUGUGUUAAUAUUGGCUGUAAUUUUUCAGUUUAGAUGAAGCUGUAAAGCUGCCUCUAACAAACAGUUCAUCACUGUAAUUUGUGCUGGUGGAAAAAAAAAAAUUGAAAUCUUCAUUGAGUUGCUGUUGUAUUGCUUAUAUAUUUCCAAACCUCUAUGAUUGAACAAGUGACAGAAAGUAAUCUGUGGAAUGUAUUAAAACGCAUUUAUGAACAUACAUUCUUUUAAAAAAAAUCUGCUUUAAUAUGUUGUUUUCCAAAUAUCCUUUCUGUCUGGUGGUGACGCUUUUUUUAAUAAGAAAAUGAAGACGAAAUGCAAUUCAUCAGUUCUGAUUAAAUGGAGUUGGGAAUGCCCAGCUCUCAUAUUAAACCCAUUAUUCAGUUCCUGUUCUCCGUCUGAAUUUAAUUUGGAAGAGAGGCGUUGCGGUAACCAAAUCCUUGACCCGAAAACCAUUUAAGGUCCAUGAAGAUUACAGUUCAUCCAAUCAGGAGGCUUCGUUGCCUUUCCGUUAUUGCUCAUUUGGUUUUCGUUUUAUACAAUCAGCAAAGUAUGGCCGUAAUGUCUGGAUUAUUGAUUGGAUUUAUCCUCCCCGAUUGUUUAUUACUUUAGUUCAUAGCACCUGCUGAGGAUCUGAGACGAAUAUAGUGAAAGGCGUGUGGACGUUGUGAUUGUUGCGGCUACACAUCUUAACUGAGCGGUUGUAAAUCUUUGGCUGUGCUUUGAACAUCAGUGGGACUGUUGGACAGGUGCCCCUCUCAUUAUGUCUAAAUAAAUUACACUGGAAAGAACAUAAAAAUCAAAUGAGAAAGGAUUCCGGGUUAAGAGCUUGGUCCUUUUUUAUAUUGCUUAGAAUUUUCUGUCGUGUUUCACAUUAUAUUUCACAGAUUAUAUCUUUAUAUGAAAUCUGUUUAUACUGCGCUACAGCUGGAAAUCGAAACCCACAACCUUUGCGCUACGCGCCCGGCCCCGUAGCCAUUAUGCUACACUGCUGCGACACCUAUGGUUUUUUUGUUUGUUUGUCUAUCGUCUGUUCUGCCGGUUGGUUGGCUUAAAAAUGGCGCAGAUCUCUUCAGUUCACCAGGUGUCCCCUGAGAAUGAACGGCUAACAGAUGUUUGCCCACGCCUGCCUUUUGACUGAGUCAGCAGUUAGCUGACUGAUUGACCUUUAAUCAAAAGAAGCUCCAGAGGCGUGUCCUGUUGCGGUCACGUUCAGGUGGGUUCCGCUUUGAAAAGUCUUCUGCUUGAACCCGAGUCCAGUUUCGCGUCACUGAAUCGAACUGCAGGUGGUUACCAAAGACACGUAGAAAGUAGAGAAUCCUAGAAAUCCUUCGUCCACCGUAGUAGGCCAGAACGCCGCCGCACGUUAAAAAAAAAUCCUAGUAUUAUUUAAGGGCUUGAAAUCUUGAAAUCAUUCAGGAAACCGUUUGAAUGAGGCACCCCUCCUCGAUGGCGGGCGGGCGGGUGGGUGAAGUCAGGUGUAUGAAGCGUAACGUCUCCCCAGAACCCUCCAGACAGGGAGAAGGUGAAGCGGCCCGUCUGAGCCUCACAUUCCAGACCGAGACACUGUUCGAAUGCGUCUUUCUUCCCCUUUACGCGCCCGAAUCCGCCCUGUGAUCGUAUCCGCAAAGACGUACAGUCGGUUUCAGGAGGUAGGCUAGUUUGUCUGGGUUCUGUGAAAAUCUCACAGCGAGUUACUAGGCUUUGCAUUACAACCGGGCCCAAAAAAAUUUAUAAACCGUCUGUUUGGUGCAACUGGGCCCUCGGUUCCAUCGUUCUGUCUGUCGUCGUUUUAAGUGUGAUUCUUAUGAAGACGUUCUUUCUUUUGACGUUUUCCGUUUUUCCCCUCCCCUCUUUAGCGUCCUUGACUGUUUUGAUUUUUCUGUUUUGUUUCUCGUUUUCUGAAAUGGAUGCAUUGUGUAUCUGUGUAUUUGUGAAUAAACUGUAAAUACUGUGUUUUCAUAAAGGACUGACCUUUGAGAAUGGCAUUGUGCGGGUGUGGAUGCCUGAAUCCGUGAGGGAAGAUUGCAUUGUAUUGUUUUUUGUUUUUCUUUUUGCUUGUUAAAUCUGUGUCAAAUAAGUAUCAUUUCAAUGAUCCCAUCACCACACUGACUGUUUGUGUUGAAGUCAUAUGCACCCAAUCUUUACUAUUAAGACAAAACGGAGACAUUGUCAAAAAUGAGUUUUCUGAUCCACUUAGGAUACUUUGAAUCAGUCACAGGACACAAGAGCACAGACCAAAGUUUGGCCUUAAAGGAUUUUAUCAGAACUUUACCCAUCAUUUUUCAUGUUAUUGCUUUUAAAAUUUUAUUUCUCUAUAUUUAACCAGGGUAGUCACAUUGAGAUCGACAUCUCUUUUGUGAGUGACUACUAGAGCGUACGUUGUCUUUGGUCUGUGUGAGGAAACCGGAGUACCCGGAGCAAACCUACACAGGCACGGGGAGAACGUGUAAACUCCUAAUUAUUGUGGUUAGCUUAUGAGCUUAUCACAGCUUUAUGUUCUAAUAUGUAAAUCAUUCAAUAUUUCAUUUCUUCUAGCCAAAUUUAGCCUUUAAAUUUUAUCCUCUUACGGUACAGUCCCAAUGCUGUAAUUUUAUUUUAUUGUCGACUGACAACAGUCUGUGCUCUGUAUACAAUAUACACACAUCCCAGAAGUACAAAUUUUGAUUUAAAAAGAAAAUUGUUAUUGCUAGUGCUCGUAAAAGCUAUUAAUAAAUAAAACUAUGAAUCUGUUCCACACGCUUUAAAAGAAUUUUUAUGAAACUCAAGCAUGUUGAAACCGCUGAAAAAAACUCCACAAGUAUUUGCAUAGGUAAUAUAUUGUACCCUCAUAAAUAUAUCUCUAUAUAUAUAUAUAUACAUAUAUUUAAAAAAAAGACUUCACACCAGUGGAACUCCAGGUCUUGUGAUUACAUUUCCGUAAAAAUAUUCUCCAAAAGCCCAAUGAAAUGUGAAAUAUUUACUCUUUGCAUGUUAUAAAGGCAAUCUGUUUCUCUGAAGUGGCAAACCCAUUCUAAUAUUACUGUGAUGUGGCAAUUUGUUAUGGGGCUUAUAUAACAAAUGCCUUUGACAAUCAUGUGCACAUAUCAGAGUUUAUACCGUGAAGAGCAGAAAAGUGGGAGUGAUGGAUUGUUUUUUUUUUCCCUCCAAUAAAUUCUGAAUGAUCA